CCCAGUUAUGUUUCUAAAAUAUUUCUAAAAUUCCGAUGGAAGCGGCACGCCAAAUGCGAAGAAACGCACGGAAAAUAAAAGACGAACCACCGUUCGAACUGGUGGCCAUAAAGGACGAUCCCGAUGGCGAUAUUUCGCUUACGCUGAUCCAGGAAGAUUCGCCGGAUCGAAACAGCAGUGGAGCAUCGUCGAAGCGCAAGUAUUUACGAUCUCGAGCAGUCCAGGUGAAAUCGGAAGAUAUCGAUGUCAGCGUCCCGACGGUACCGGGCGAGAAUGAACCCAUUAAUCCCGUAGUGGGCGAGUCCACCGUUGCGCAGUGUAGGUUUUGUCUACGCAGAGUGUUGCGUAGCAACUUGAAAAUUAUCCUUACAAAGCAUAAGCAGAAGGCUCACGCGGCUUUUAAGAUCAAAAUAUUCCCUGGAGAUGCGUAUCCAUUUGCCUGCUGCAAUUGUCUGAAUCUGCUGGACAUCAUGUUGGACUUUAAAGAAGCGGUAAUGAAGGCAAAAAACCUACUUUUGAGCGAAAGGGCCUUCCUGGAAAGCGAAGGAUGGGACGAUACUGAUUGCAUGGACGCUAUUUCCAAAUGCAGGUCCGUAGUGGAACAGCACAAGAAUCAGAUCGACUGCUCUUAUCAAGAGUACACGCGGCGCAAGCAGGCAGAAGAAACGAAGAAAGAAACUAUGGAAAUUGUUGAACCACCUAAUCCGGCGGAUGUCAAUAGUGAUGGUCUGGAUACGCCCAUAACACUUGAACAUUCAGCUGAGUACGUAUCGAUAAACAAAUCGGAAUUAGAUAUUUGCGAUACGCUCGAAACGGGCCUGGAAGCGGAACCGGACAUACUUUUGGCGGACGACGCGGAGGAUAAAGACGCGAAUUCAGACCUGUUGAGUGCGACCGAAUCGGAGGAAGAGGAUUUCGUACAGUUGAAAAAGGUAAAACGCAGCAGAAAGUCGAAAGUCAAAUCCGCCAAGCAAAGCAAGUCAGCUGGUAAAGCGUCGUCUAGCACCCAGGAACUGUGCGAUCUGUGCGGACAGCGUGUUUGCGCCCAAGCAGCGGAAUCACACAAAAAUCGCCAUCUAGGAAUUAAACCGUACUCCUGUCCAGCCGAAGGCUGCGAUUUAACGUUCUACAGUAGAUUUAAUCAAACGUUGCACGUCAGGCGCAUUCAUCGGGAGAACGGUGUACCGUCGCAUAAAUGCGACAUCUGCGGACGGUACAUCCGUGGGGCGUUGGGUGUGCUGAACUACCACAAACGCAAGCAUCAGCAAACGAAGAAACAUGAGUGUCAAUUUUGCGGUAAAGGAUUCACGAUGAUGCAGUAUCUCAAGCAGCAUCUGACGGUCGUUCAUUCCGAAGUGUUUCCGUACGAGUGCAGCUACUGCGGGAAAAAGUUCAAACUCAAAUGGAGCAUGAUAACGCAUGAGAAAAAUGUGCACGAAAAGAAGCACCAGGCUGCGUUGGCGCAGGAGCAAACCGACACUAAUUGUACCAUAACGGGAGACACCGGGUAUGAAUACGUUUGAAGCACGUGUGCAGCUGUUGAUCAGCGCUAAGCAUUCGCAUGGGGAAAAGAUACUGCUGGUGUUAUUAUUACUAAAUCUGUCAUAAUUUGUAUCAAUGCAGCUAACAAUAUAAACAU